UCAUGUCCGGACUUGCGCGGAGGAUGAGCAUCGAACCCAGUGGAGCAAAAGUGGAGCCUUAGUUUUCGUUCUCGAAUACUAUCUUCUAUGUGUAACGUUUUUUUGCAUUACUAACAAUGGAAUUGUCCGAAAUAUUAUACAACAAAGCGGAAUAUAUCGAAACGGCUUCUGGCAACAAGGUGAGCAGGCAGUCGGUGUUGUGCGGAAGUCAGAACAUCGUCCUUAAUGGCAAAACUAUUGUCAUGAAUGACUGCAUCAUCAGGGGAGACCUUGCCAACGUCAGAGUGGGGAGACACUGUGUCAUUAAAAGCCGGAGUGUUAUUCGACCCCCUUUCAAGAAGUUUAGCAAAGGAGUGGCGUUCUUUCCACUGCACAUCGGAGACCAUGUCUUCAUAGAGGAGGAUUGCGUGGUCAACGCUGCGCAGAUCGGCUCCUAUGUCCACAUUGGCAAAAAUUGUGUUAUAGGCCGGCGUUGUGUCCUAAAAGACUGUUGUAAGAUCCUAGACAACACUGUACUUCCUCCAGAGACAGUAGUCCCACCUUUCACAGUCUUUUCAGGAUGUCCAGGUCUGUUCUCAGGAGAACUCCCAGAAUGCACACAGGACCUGAUGAUGGAUGUAACCAAGAGCUACUACCAGAAAUUCCUCCCUCUCAGCCAGAUCUGAGUUUCACUGUAAAUCAGGAUCUUUCAUGCAUUCAGCCAGAAGCUGUGGAGGAACCGAUUCUAUGAGGUCAACAUCUACCCUCGAGUCUCAUUGGCAAACAAAAACCAUUUAGUUUGAGACUUUUAUGAGAAAAUAGAACCUAAUGGAUCCUAAUGCAAGAAUCCUUAAAUUCAAAAAGUUGAACCUGUCAAUAAUCAAUCAUGGAUUUUGCUCUCCGUGUGUCCUGACAAAACUCCAGUCUUUGCUGAAGUUACAGACGAGGAGUAGAAAUGAAGGUAUUUAAUGCUUAAGCACAAAAAUUAUUGGCCCCAUUCUCUACAGAAAAAACGUUCUGUAAGUGUUUAAAACUAAGAUUGUGUUUCUGUUGUAUUUGACAGUUUGUGGACAACUUGUCACACAACAGAGCAGUAUGAGUUUAUCAGAGCUGCAGUCAAGUGCUUGGAAAAUAAGUGGAUAUUUGUUAAAUAAGCAUAAAAAAAGAGCACUUCAAAUAGUAUAAUAAAACACCACAAAAUGCAAAACUGUUUUCUUUAUAGAUUUUAAUGAGGCAAAAGGGGGGUGUUUCAAUCGCAGUUGGAAUACCUGAACGAUAAAUUUCACAGUAGUAUAUUAUCACACUACCAGCUGUAAGUUUCCUUUUUAGUCACUGGGUCUUUUUGGCCUAGAACACCUGAAUGAUGCGGAAGAUGCUGCAUCGUCCACUGGAGUUUAAAAAAAAUAAAAGCUUCCCCCGAUUUGCCUUCA